AUGCAUGCACUGGCCGGGUUCCUGGGCCAUGCAGGCCGACCGCUCCAGGCCAAGCACAACCCGCCAGCCGCUCUGGUGCAGUCAAAAGACAUGCUCCACCGCCCCACCCACCCGACCGCCAACCACAGCCCGGCGCCCGACCAUGGGCCAGAACCACAGAAGGAAGCUGUGGAAAAAGGCCAUAGCGGCCCCAGUUACCGGGCACCCCGCCAACUCCACCCCCAAACCCCGGGGGCGCCCCAGCCCGCCGGCCACCCGCACCCCCACAUGGCACACCACGGCCCACCAAGCAGUCCAGCCGGCCAUCCAUCCACCAAAGUGGGGCCACAUCCCAAUCAACGCCGGCUAAGACCCCCCUGCCGGAGCCCAGCACCCCCCCAGCCGGCAGACCAGGGCCCAAAGCCAGGGGCCAAGAUCCAAGGGAACCCAAAAGCAGCCCCGCAAGAAGACCCACUCCGAGGCCCACAAAAGGCAAGAGAGCCCACAGAGCCAAAACCAAAACCCAUCCGGAAGCCAAGACCAAUCCACCCCGAGACCAACCCCGGCCAGCCCACACACUCGAACCAUGCAGACCCCUCUGAACCCCCUUCCCCAGACAGAAAAGUGACCGGCGUCAGUAACUGGAAUCAAGACAAGGAACCAGAAACCAAGCUGGAACCACCCAAGACCAAACGACGUCCACAACCAUCCAAGGCCAACCACCCAUCCCCACCCAAGAAGGAAACCUACACUCACCCCAAUAUUCAAACAACUCCCAGAGCACAUAAGACAUUGGACACCCAGGUUGACCCCGCCCCACCCCCUCCCACAGACCCUCCGCCCCGUCAGCAGAAUGUGCUCCUUGAAGGAAGGGGCACCUGCAAUGAGAUGGGACCUACCCGCCAGUUUGGGAAGCCGUUAUGCCCACCGAUACACCAAAGGUCCCGGAGCCAGGGGCGGGUGCCCGGGAAUGCACCAGCCCAAAACCCUGGCGACAUAUCCGCCAGGACCCAAGACCCCCAAGGCCCAGCCAGGACCCCAGCCCGGGGGGGCGAUAAGCCCCAGGAACCCCAGCCAGGGUUCGUCUAG